CUCCCAUCCCUAAGUCUGAAGAAGGGAUUCGGCAUCUGCAGUUCCUUCUUAAACACUUGGUUGGAGAGACACUGACUACUGUUUUCACUCUCGGCAGCGCAGUGCUCGAAACAACUGGCGUCGCUUUGUGUGUGAGCUCGGAGUCAGUCCAGACACCCAGCUCCCUGCUCCCUGUUCCUGACCAAAGAUCCUAUAGCGGAGGAUCCUUGCUCUUGACCUGGAAGGUCUAGCAUGUACUAAAUACUUCCUGGAUCCGAUCCGAGACCGCCUGCCGCCGUGCAAAGUAAAAUUCACAUGCACUAUAUUAACGGAUUGCAUUGCGAAUGGACUGUAAUCAGAUUCCCGUAAUCGAUUGGCGUCUCUGCCUUGGACUCAUCCAUCUGCACCGCACUGCAUGAUUUAAAGCGUUAGGGACACUCGGUGGUUCAGACAGCAUAUCUGGACCCUCUGAUGUAAAACGCCGUCCACGCUGGGGAAGCCGAGGGGAAAUAUUUCCUCACCCAAGAUAGACACAAAGUGCUGGAGUAACUCAGUGGGUCAGACAGCAUCUCUGGAGCAAAGGAAUAGGUGACGUUUGGGGUCGAGACUUCUUGAGACUGAGUCAGGGGAGAGGGAAGCUAUAGGGCGCCGAAGGUAGAAAUGCUUCCGUUUGCUGCUCGUCGAUCACCUGUCGUCUGCACUGGAGGUUGUGUGGCAAGCAGUCAGCCACUAGCCACAGGCGCUGGACUUGAUAUCCUGAAAAAAGGUGGCAAUGCAGCCGAUGCUGCAGUUGCUGCAGCUGCUGUCCUGAAUCUUACUGAACCAUUCAGUACUGGCCUUGGGGGCGACUGCAACUGCCUGUUUUACGAUGCUAAAACCCACAGCGUCCUUGGACUAAAUGGAAGUGGCAGGAGUCCGCAAUCGUUGACCCUUGACCUGCUGAGAGAGGAAGGCUUUGAUGAAAAGAACCCUCUACCACCGGUCCAUGCCCACCUGGUCACGGUGCCUGGUGCUGCCGCUGGCUGGUGUGACACUAUCUCCCUCUUUGGAAGUAAGAAGCUCUCUCUGGCUGAGAUCCUGCAGCCAGCCAUAGACCUGGCAGAAAGAGGCUUCCCCGUCACUGAAGUAACUGCAUUUCACUGGGAGAAGAAUGCUAGCACCUUGCUGAGGCCAGGAAACCCACAUGGAGAAGACCUCCUGAUCCAGGGUAGAAGUCCGAAAAGUGGGCAGAUAUUCAAGAACGCGCAUUUAGCUCAGACCUUCAAGGAAUUGGCUCAGUCUGGCAAGAAAGGGUUCUAUGAGGGGAGAAUAGCGAGUGCCAUCGUGGAUGUCGUUCGAAAGAAUGGUGGAGUUCUGAGUCUGCAGGACCUGAGGGAGCACACCAGCACGGAGGUGAAACCAACCUUCACCGAUUAUAAGGGCGUGAGGAUCUGGGAGCUUCCUCCAAAUGGACAGGGUAUCAUUGCUCUAAUGGCCUUGAACAUGCUGGAGAGAUUUAACAUCAAAGAACUGGGCCACAACAGUGCCGACUACCUUCACCUGCUGACGGAGACCAUCAAGCUCAGUUUGGCCGACAGUUCUUGGUUCUGCGCUGAUCCCACUAAGGUCCACGUGCCUGUGAACGAGCUGCUCUCCAAGCCAUACUGCCGCCAACGCUCUGAGCUCAUCAACCUGCAGAGGGCGAGCAGUCAGUGUCUCCAUGGCAACCCGAGUGAGGCCUGUGGUGACACGGUUUACUUCUCGGUGGUAGACAAGGAUGGAAAUGCCUGCUCCUUCAUCAACAGCAACUGCCUGGCCUUUGGCACUGGACUCGUACCAGAAGGUUGUGGAUUUACGUUGCAUAACCGAGGCUGCCAGUUUUCACUGGGAGUUGACCACCCAAACCGCCUGGCACCAGGAAAGAGACCGUGUCACAGCAUCAUCCCUGCCCUUGCCACGUCUGCCGCCACUGGACAACUGCUGUGCAGCUUUGGAGUGAUGGGUGGCAUCAUGCAACCUCAAGGCCAAGUCCAGGUAUUGCUCAACAUGAUGGAGUUUGGGAUGAAUCCACAAGCAGCUCUUGAUGCACCACGAUUUCAUGUGGAAUAUGUGAAACCAGGUGGGGUCUGGAAGGUCUCUUUGGAGGAAGGAAUCUCUCAGCUUGCUGCACAGGACCUGAUAACAAGAGGACACAAGGUCAACUGGCCGGUCAGUGGACACAACAGGAGCCUCUUUGGCCGUGGCCAGAUUAUCACCAAGGGAACCUGGUGGAAGUUGGGUCCUGUUGCAUCCGGGGAGGAUGACGCAGAUGUAUUAUGGGCUGGAUCUGACCCUCGGGCUGAUGGCUGUGCAUUUGGAUACUAGUUCUUAAGUAAUAGGCGCUGAAUUAGUCCAUUCGGCCCAUUGAGUCUACUCUGCCAUUUCUUUCCCUCUCAACCCAAUUCUCCUGCCUUCUCCCCAUAAGCUUUAGUCAGAGGGUGGUGAAUCUGUUGGAAUUCAUUGCCACAGAAAGCUGUGGAGGCCGUGUCAAUGGAUAUUUUGGGGGUGGGGUGAGGCUGGGGUGAGGGUGGGGUGAGGGUUGGGUGAGGUUGAGGGUGAGGGUGUGUUGGGAGUGGGGUUGGGUGGCUGCUGACACGUGUGGCGACAGGCAGUAGAUAGGACUGUUUUGCACUUUUGUAACUUUGUACUUUUGUCAGAGCCAACACAUGGCGACACUGUGUACUGCCUAAGUUGUAUGCAACAAUACCUAGGUACAUGUGAAAAUAAAGUAUCAUUAAUUAAUUAAUCAAUCAAUUCAUGCAUUCAUUCAUUCAUUCAUUCAUUCAUUCAUUCAUUCAU